AUGGCUGAGGCCGAGCGCGCUGGCGGAGUACAGGGCGAUCUGGAGAAGGAACUGACGUGCUCGAUCUGUACCGACCUCCUCUACCAGCCGCUCACCCUCCUCGACUGCCUUCACACCUUCUGCGGCGCCUGCCUGAAGGAAUGGUUCGCCUUCCAAGCCUCGACCGCCACAUGCAUACACCCCUACACCUGCCCCUCCUGCCGCGCCUCGGUGCGCACCACCCAGCCCAAUGCCACCGUCACCACGCUGCUUGAUAUAUUCCUAAAGUCGAAUCCCCAGAGAGGCAAGAGUGCCGACGAGAAGACGGCAGACCGCAACAAGUACAAGCCGGGCGACAAUGUGCUGCCCAAGCUCAGACGACGCGAUGAGCGCGAUGACGUCGAUCAGCGCAUGCUCGAGGAGGCCCAGCAGCUGAGUCUGAGAGACGUGGGCAUACCGGGCAGCAGCAGGACCAGUCUGGAACCCCCGAGGGAGCGCAGGCGGAGGGAGAGGAGUCGCGACACAAGCAGGGAGUCUCGUAGGGCGCGGGACGAAAGGCGCUCUACCAGCCAGAACCCGCCCGGCGCAUCGCCAUCCAGAGCCGUUAUACCUCCCAGGGCCAUUGAACACCAGUCCAGCCUGCGUUCUUUGCUGAGCGCCUCCGACCUCGACGCAGAAGACGUCGACGAGGACCUCGUGCGGCAGGUGCUGGAGGAGCUGGUGUCUGAAGGCGUGGAUUUGAACCAGAUUGGCACUGCACAGGAGGAAGAAAUCACAGAGAGGAUAGCCGAAGCUGUGCGACGACGUCAGGCAGAGCGACAUGCAGAAAGACAGCGCGAGAGGAGAGAAAGGAGGGAGCGUCUGGCAAGAGAGGGCUUGAUGAGCUCGUCAUCUUCAUCGCUGUUGCCCCAACCCAUGCGAAGCCCUCUUACGCGCGACGAGGAAGCAGCACGCAGAAGAAGGCACGGCCGUUCGGAAAGCGGCGCGUCGACACCUCAGACGGCAGUAGGACCGCCCAUAUCUAGACCUGGUCUCAUCGAUGCCGCGAACCGAGGCGGACGAGCACCACGCCAGCGAUCUUCAAGUCAGGGAAGCUCCCGAUCGGCAAGAAGAGCAGAGCGUCCUACGCCUGUCUCUGCGACCUCCCAGAACAAUAGUAGUGGCGAGCGGCAGUCGUCAUCAGAACAUGCGCGGCCAAGGCCACGCCGUCAGUCCGACAACCAGCAGAGAAGUAGGCUGGAUGUCCGCGAACAGUUUCGCAUCAGCCUUCACGCCAACACCAGCGCCAUCAACGUAGUCUCAAGCCCCAACUCACCCCAGAGCCUUGGCUUCGAUCUACCCAACAGCGGCAGUCCGACGAGUUCUCUAGCUACAGUCGGCACUCCGGCUGUACCCCAAUCUUCCUCCACCCCAGCCAUAACGCCAUUCCAGCCCCCUACGUCUAGGCGUACCACAGAUCCCAGCAGAGCCGUGUUGCCACGAUCCUCCAACAGUAGCACUCCCCCGUUAUUGUCACCUCCCCCCUUUCCUCGCUCCACUACCGAUCCAACUUUGAGCGAGUCUCGAUCAAGACAAGCUUCGGGCUCAUCAUCAGGUGCUCCUGUUCUGUACAACGAGCCGCACAUAGCGUGCCAACGAUGUGGUAAGAAUGACAUACAGUAUGAGCUUCACUACAACUGUGAACGUUGCGAUGAUGGAGAGUAUGAUGUAUGCCUCCGCUGCUACCGUCUCGGUAGAGGAUGCAAGCAUUGGUAUGGUUUUGGCUGGACUGCCUGGCCGCGAUACGAACGAGAAGCACCCGAAGGUGGCUAUCCGCCAAAUCAUGAGCACCCCCAUAUCCUCGUUGGACAUCGGUAUCGCAGGCCUAUGACACCAUUGACAGAGUCUACAACGCCGCCACAUGUGCUUAUGAGCGAGGACAAUCCCAGGGAAAGGGUUGAGAUUGGAGUCUUCUGCGACAUGUGCAAGGCAUACGCCAAUGCCUGCUACUGGAAGUGCGACUACUGCAACGAAGGCGACUGGGGCUAUUGCAAUGAUUGCGUCAACCAAGGCCAUCAUUGCACACAUCCCCUUGUUCCCGUCGCUCGCAAGACAAGGGACUCGCAAUCAAUUACGGAUACUACUCCAUCCGCGCCCUCGACGCCACGGCAAGACGGACAUCUGGCACCACCAGACCACGACACAGUGCCUACAACUCCUCCGUUGACACCAAAGACCGCAUCUCUUAUGCGUGGCCCUGGCUACUUUACCAUUGCGAAUUCCAUCUUCCGACCUCUGACGUUCACAACCUUGUGUAACAUAUGCAGUUAUCCCAUUCCACCGUCAAACACGAGAUACCACUGUCUAAAGUGUAACGCUGGGGAUUACGAUAUAUGUAUGAGCUGCUACCACAAGCUCGUCGUUAGCGGUCGCAUCGCCAAGGAAGAUGGUGUAAACGGAUGGCGUAAGUGUCUCCGCAGCCACCGCAUGUAUAUUGUAGGAUUCGAAGACCGUGAUGGCGCACAAAGACGCAUGGUUGUACGCGAUCUCGUAGGCGGUCACGCGCUUAAAGAAGAAGAGGAGAUGGCAAGAGUACAACGGUAUCCACCAGAUGGCGGAGUAGGCCUGAGACUACUAGCUAGAUGGGGCUACCUGCCAGACGAAGGAGUAGAAGACGAACUGUCCUUCCCUCGAGGAGCAGAGAUAAGAGAAGCAGCCGAUAUUAACGGCGACUGGUAUUGGGGUGUCUACUGUGGUGUUGGAAGACUGUUUCCUGCAAACCAUGUCACAGCUGUCUAA